AUGGCCCUGCCGCCGGAGGUUGUGACCAUCAAGAUACGCGGCUCCUGCUGCAUCGCGCAGCUGGUGGCGCGCUGCCUGCGGUUCGAGCGGCGCAUGAACCCCAUCCACAUCAGCGCGGCGCUCGUGGCCGCGGUGCGGCUCGCGGAGCAGGGGAACUGGCUGCCCGUGGAUGCAGCGGGGGCUUUCGAAGCCGAGGGUGCGGCGCGAGGCGCCGUCAGGGCUGCGGCGUCGCGUGAGGGUGUGUUGCCGCUGUGGCGCGGCCUCGAGCGGAUGGAGUGGCAGCAGGAGGAGGCCUGGCAGGAGGUGCAGCACGAGCAGGUGCAGCGAGAGGAGCACCGGCAGCAAAAGGCGCAGCAGCAAAAGCAGCAGCAACAAGAGCACCGGCAGCAAAAGGCGCAGCAGCAAGAGCAGCAGCAGCAAGAGCAGCAGCAGCAAGAGGAGCAGCACAAUGGCAGCUGGGAGACGCGGCCGCCGCACCCGGCACAGGCGCUGCCGUGGAAGCACCAGCGCCUGCACCUGCGGAAGCGCCUGCGCUGGACAGUGGACGCGCUCGUGCGGCGCCUCGCGUCGCAGCGCGUGCUCUGCGGCGGCCGCGAGAUCGGCAACGUGCUGUGGGCGCUCGCGCGGCUGGGCGCGCCGCCGCCGCCGCCGCCGCUGCUGCGGCAGCUGCUCGGGCAGUUUGCGGACGCGCUGCCGGGCACGAGCUGCACCAGCAUAUCCAACACGCUGUACGCCCUCGCUGUCAUGGGCUGCGCGCCGCCGCCAGAGUGGACAGACCAGGUGCUCUACAGCUUCGUGGCGCACGCGACGGGCCCCAGGCACGCGCGGCCAGCGAGGCACGGGCAGCCCGCGCAGCAUGGAGCGUCCCCCCGGGGCGGCUGCGAGGGUGACUACACAAGCAGUGGUGGCGGCGGCGUCGGCGGCGACCCGCGUGACCCCUGGGUGUGCAGCCCGCAGGCGGUGUCCAACGUGGUGUGGGCGCUGGGCUGCAUCCGGCAGCGCCACGUCGCGCGCGUCUGGGUGCCGGCGCUCGUCCGCCUGCUGCGCGGCGCCGCGCGGCCCGACAGCCCGCAGGUGCUGGCAAACGUGCUGGCCGGCUGCGCGCGGCUGGGCCUCGGCGGUGGCAGCUCGCCCGGACGAGAGCUGAAGGCAGACCUCGAGCGGCUGCUCUGCGACUCGGCGCCGCUCCUGGCAUCUGCUAAGCCAGCAGAGCUCGCGACCAUCGCCUGGGCUGCUGGCCAGCUGGCGUUGCCCCUGGACAGCAGCUUCUUCGCCGCUUCUGGGCGGCUGCUGGGCAGCUCCUCGCACGGCGAGCUGGCGAUAGUGCUGCAUGGCGCCGCGCGGUGCGGCGCGGCCCCGCCGCCGUCCUGGCUGGCCUCGUACAUGGUGGCAGCGUCCCGGCAGCUUCUGGCGUUUGACGCGUGGGAACUGUCGGUCGUGCUAUGGGCGCUGGGCGUGAUGAGGGUGCAGCCCGAGGUGUCGUUUGUCGAGGCGGUGCUCAACGCUUUCUGCCAACGAGCAGCGGUGGCGCUGGAGGGGCAUGGCGUCGCGCGUGAGGCGGCGCUGCAGGACAACACCAAGCUGGAGCAGCAGCACGAACAGCAGGAGCAGCGGCAAGACCCGGAGCAGAACCAGCAGCAAAAGCAGCAGCGACAGCAGCAACAACAGCAACAGCAUCAACGGCGACAGCAACAGCAGCAGAAGCAACAGGAGCAGGAGCAGCAGCAGGAGCAACAGCAGCAGAACAAAGUCUUCAGCAGUGCUGCGGGCGAACGGCUCGCACAGCACGAGGACGGGGGGUCCAUGGCAGGGGCCGUGACGCGCAUGGUGCGCGCUCUGGGGAUGAUGCGCUACCGCCCCUCGGCACGCGUCAUGGCAUCGCUGAUGGCGGCUGCAGAGAAGCUGCUGCCUGAGUUUAGCCCCCACGCGGUCGUGUCGCUCAUGUGGGGCACCGGGCGCCUGGGCUGCCGGCCCCCCCUGCCGCUGCUGGGCGGCGUGCUGCGGCGCUGCGAGGAGCUGCUGCCGGCAAUGUCGCCGGGGGACACGGUGGCGCUCACAUACGCACUCUGCAGGCUUCAGGGCCGCCCGCGCGUGCUGCGCGAGUGGCUGCGGCGCCGCCGCCAGCGCGAGCGCCUGCUGAUGGACGUGGUGCGGCUGGAGGCCGUCGAUGAGAAGACGCGCGCCGCUGAGCUGGCGGCGCGCCUGCGGCUGGCGCGGCAGGCGGCAACGCGGGAGGAGGGGGCGGCAGACGGUGGCGCGGGCGUGGGCGCGGCGGGGCAGGACGCCGCGGGGCGAGCGGAGGGGGAGGCGGGCGCGGAGGUCAGGGGGAUCGCGGAAGAUCUCCAGGCGGCGCGCGCCCGUCUGGCGGAGCGGCUGCACACUCUCGUGCGCUGGCGCCAGAGCGCGCAGCUGCUCGAGCGGCAGCUGCGGGAGCAGCACAACCGCUGGCGCGCGGCGCCCGGCGCGGCGGCGGCGGCGCGGAUGGUUUCGCCGGCGCUCGUCGCGGCCGUGUUUGAGCACGCGCGGCGCGGCGUGGCGGCGCUCCCGGCGCGCGGGGUGGCGCGCCUGUUGUGGGCCGCGCCGUGGCUCGGCUACCGCCCUCCGCCGGCGUGGUCCGAGGCCGUAGAGCGCCAGCUGGCGGGGUGUGUCAGGCGCCUCACCCUAACAGACGCCUGCCUGCUGCUGUGGGCGGCAGCACGCCUGCAGCCGGACUUCACGCCUAGUCAGCAGCUGCUGGGCGCGCUGGUGGCGCGCACAGAGGGGCUGCUGAUCGCGGCCGACGCCGCCCCGCACGCGCCGCCGCCGGCCGGCGCGGCCGCGGCCGGAGAAUGGAUGGCGUUCUCGCAAGGGGCGCCCGCGCCGGGCGCGGCCGAUGGGAGCGGCGGGGCGGCGGCGUGGGGCGUGCGGCGGCCUUUGUGGCCGCCAGGGCUGCAGCCCUCAGGCGCAGACGCCGCGGGCCCGCGCCCGCGGCAGCUGCUGUUGCCCGCGCCGCAGCUCCCAGCCCCCCGCUUCCGCUACCGCGGCUCCCCGCCGCUGCCGGCGGCGGCGCCCGGCGCCGGCUGCCGCCCCGCGCCGCCGCCGCGCGUGACCCCUCAGGACGCGGUGAUGCUACCCUGGGCCCUGGCUGAGCUGGGCGCGUGCGCGGGUGCCCCCUGGUCCGCCGCGUUCUGCGCCGCCGUGCACCGCGCGCUGCCGCGCAUGAGUGGCCUGCAGCUGGGCGUCAUGCUGCGCGCCCUGGCCACGCUGCGCGCCCGCGCGCCGGGGGCGUUCCUGGAGGCCGCGGAGACGGUCGCUGACGUCAGCAGCGCGCGGUGGGCGCCGGGCGCGCUGGCGCUC